AAACCUGGUCCCGGAGUAAACAAGGGGUGUGCUGGCGGGGCCAGGGCGCAUGCGCGCCGUAGGAGCUGACGAGCGUCGAGCCUCGCGCCGCAGUGAUUGCAGAGCUUCACGGGAGCAGGAGGACGCGCGGGGAUGGAGAGCCGGCCUGCGGAGGAGGAGGAGGAGCGCCGCCGCGGAUCCGUCUGACCAACUUUGGCUCCUUCAGGCAGCGGAUGCCACCUGUCACUCACCGGGUCUGCGCCGAUUAUCCGCGUUUACCGGCAGCCUUUCCUUCGAAACGGGACUACGGGGUCACAGCAGCCGGGAUGGAGUGAAGGAGACCUCGCAGACCGCAGGAUGCGCACCCCGGUGAGGAGGGGAGCAGCGAAACCGGGCAGCUUUUCUGCGGGGCCGCGAAUUGAUCGCUUCCUCCUCCACUCCGCUCCCGCCGGUGUAUAAUGGAGAGCUCCAAUGGCUCCGGUGGCGACACAAAAGCGCACAGCCAGCAGCCGGAGAAGAAGAGACCGAACCGAGCGCCGUCCCCGGCCAGACCCUUCCUGAAGGAUGUGCCGUCCCGCUCCGCCAAACCACCUGCCAUCGGACCCAAAUCCCCCAAACUCUCCAAGCAGCAGCAGCAGCAGUGCGCCCCAGUGUCCUUAGCCCACCAGAACCGCAGCUCCAGACGCAGCACAGCUGGGUCCAAGGAGAAACCAGCCACAGUCAAAAGUAGCACCAGGUCUGCUGCCGCGAAAAAGCCCGCAAAGCCGCCCCAGCACGCAGCAACCGAGCCCAAAGCCGCCAGCACCAAGCCGGACACCGCUGGCAGUCCGGUCCUCACCAAAGGCAAGAAGGGGAAAUUACCCGCGGGUUCUCCGGGCCCGUUCAGCCAUGGAUCCCCGAUCCGGGUCCCCACAGGGGCCCGUCUGGCCCGGGUCACUCAGACCGACAGCAGCUCCGACUUGUCGGAUUGCCCGUCCGAACCGCUGUCGGACGAGCAGAGGGCGGCACCUGCCGCAAGUAGCGACGCGGAGUCCGGUACCGGCUCCAGUGACCGGGACCAACCGGGAGCGCCAGCCGCAGCGCCGCCGCGCACGAGCGACUCUCCCGCCGCCAAGGGAAGCGCGCGCGCACAGGACAGCAAACCGGAGAGCGGCUCCGCCGGCGCACAGGUCAAACAGCCCGCAGCCAAGGAGGUGACCGAGGAGGAUCUGCAGCGGGAGAUCGAGGAUCUGAGAUCUGAAAACGACUACCUCAAGGAUGAAGUGGAGGAGCUGCGUGCAGAGAUGGAGGAGGUCCGAGACUGCUACCUGGAGGAGGAGGUCUACCAGCUGCAGGAGCUGCGAAGGGAGCUGGACCGCUCCAACAAGAACUGCCGCAUCCUGCAGUACCGCCUGCGAAAGGCGGAGCAGAAGAGUCUGCGGGUGGCUCAGACAGGCCAGGUGGAUGGAGAUCUGCUGCGCGGCCUGGAGCAGGAUCUGAAGGUCGCCAAAGAUGUGUCGGUGCGAUUGCACAACGAGCUGGAGAUCGUUGAGGACAAACGCAGCCGAGCGGAGGACGAGAACGAGACGCUCAGGCAAAAGAUCAUCGAGGUGGAGAUUUCCAAGCAGGCGCUGCACAACGAGCUGGAGAGGAUGAAGGAGACGGCUCUGAGGCGACGAGGGAGCAGAGAAGCUUUCAAAGACAAGAAACCUUCUAACCAAGAGGACAGCGCAGACCUCAGGUGCCAGCUUCAGUUUGCCAAAGAGGAGUCCAGCCUGAUGAGGAAGAAGAUGGCAAAACUCGGCAGGGAGAAGGAUGAGCUCGAGCAAGAGAUGCAGAAGUACAAAUCCGUUUACGGGGACAUUGACAGCCCCCUCCCCCUCGUGGAGUGCUCGGGCGGGGGUCCACACACCACCCGGGAGGCCGAGUUACGACUGCGCCUCAAGCUGGUGGAGGAGGAGGCCAACAUUCUGGGAAGGAAGAUCGUAGAGCUGGAGGUGGAGAACAGGAGCUUGAGAGCAGAAAAUGAAGACAUUCGAGGUCAGUACGAGAGGGACUUCUUUGGUCGGGAGCCCUUCUCCAGCAUGCCGUCAUCGCCGUACGCCGGAGAUGCUCUGGAGUCGGCCAACGAGCUUCGUCGCCAUCUCCAGUUUGUGGAGGAGGAGGCGGAGCUGCUGCGUCGCUCCAUCUCAGAGAUCGAAGACCACAACAGGCAGCUCACAUCUGAACUGAAUCGCUUCAAGUUUGGUCCCAGCGGCACCUCUGUUCACGCGGGUGAGGAGGGAAACGAGGGGGUCUUGUUCAAACCCGGGAACGGAGGCAGCGGCAGCAGCCCCCUCAUGAUGAUGGAGGAGCUGAAAUCGGCCAGGAUGCAGAUCAACGAGCUCAGCGGGAAAGUCAUGAAGCUGCAGUAUGAGAACCACGUCCUCAUGUCCAACGUCCAGCGCUGUGACCUGGCUGCACACCUCGGCCUUCGCACCGGCAGCCCUCGAGACAGCGACGCCGACAGCGACGCGGGACGACGGGAAGCAGCCGAGGAUGAAGAAGCAGGCCGACUUCUUCUCCUUCAACCCAAGCGGGAGGGUCCUGUUGGUGGUGAGAGCGACUCUGAAGACCUGUUUGAGAAGACAGGAACCACCUCAGGGUUUGGAAGCAUCAAACCUUCAGACGAGCUCAGUGCCACCGAACAGGCCAAUCGCAGGAGGGAAGAGCGAGAGUCGCUGGCCAAUGUGAAGCGAGAGGCCGACAGGCUGGGGAAGACGGUGGACCGUCUGAUCACAGACACAGACAGCCUGAUCUUUGAAGGGAGGCUGCUGGUGACCGCCGGAGACUUCCCUGAAGUCGGAGAGACGUCAGGAUCCAAACCCGACACGCAGGUUCUGGACUCCAUCAACACUCGCAUGAAGGCGUUCCGCACCGAGCUUCACAUCUUCAUGGAGAAACUGGACCACAUAGGUGAAGGUCUGAGAGAAAGGACGGACGACCUGUCGCCCAUGCCCAACCUCACAGAGUCCAGCAGCUUUCUGUCCACCGUCACCUCCAUGUCCCGCGACUCGCCCAUCGGCACAUUCGGAAGAGACCUGGCAACAGACUUUCAGUCCGUUCAGAGGGAUGAGCUGGAGUGGCGUCUAGGACAGGAGCGAGGCGUGGAGCCCCAGAGCCAAAGCCAGAGUGGGGGCCAGGCCCAAGGCAGGGGAGCCGCGGGACUCACUAGGUACCACAGGCCCCUGGCUUUAAGAAUAGAGCUACGGGACUCUCCUGACGUCCAGUUUCGUUUGGAGCACGACCGAAGGAUGAAAGCGACGGCGGAGGAUCGAGAGGCUGCGGUCUCUCUGCUGCAGCAGGAGGAUGGAUGUUUGCGUCUGGAGAUGCAGCGAGAAGGUUUGGAGCUUCAGGGUCUUCAAAGUCUGGACAUACCCUGGACUCAUGAGAGAGCUGCAAUGCAGCAGGAGGUUCGGCUCUUCAGACGCAACACCAUCAUCUUCUACAUGAAGCUCAGAGCCAUUCUCACCAACUGGAGGCUUGGCCGCAAAGACGACUCGGCAGACAAGACGGCGCACUCAGAGGCGGAUAAACUGGAGGGCUUCCAGGAGCUGGGAGCCAUAAUGGAGCGAGCGGAGGGGGAGUCGGACCGAGACGACGGACUAUGUUCUCCACAAACGGCAGGAGACACCCCUGACAGCAGGCCCACCACCCCUCUGCAGUCACAUGAUCCACACCUGCUUCAUCCCAGACAGUUUGGGGAGAACCGGCGAGUCCUGCAGGCCGUGCGGACGCUCCUGGAGGAGCUGCUGGACGUGCUGCGGGAGGAGGAGACGAGGAGAAGCCAACUGCAGCAGUCCUACGCCAAUGACAAAGCCGCCUGGGAGGUCAAGUGGACAGAGAUGAGGUGCCAGGUUGCUCAGCUGGAGGAGGAGGCCCGGGGCGAGGCGCAGGGGGGGGAGGUCGAUCCGGAGCCCGAGCGGGCCUUGAAGCAGGAGCGCGAGGAGCAUCGGCGCAUUCUGGCCGAGAGCCACAGCACAUCCCUGGACCUCCGCUGGAAGCUGCAGCACGGAGAGAAGAGGUGGAGCCGCGAGAGGACAGAGCUCCUGGAGCGCUUCAGCCGAGAGCGGCAGGAGUGGGAGAGCAGCAUGAGGGAGCUGCACCGCAAGAUGGAGAGGAUGCAGAGGGAGCUGAACACCAAAGGAGGGGAGGGCCCUGACGUCAAAGAUGGCAGCUCUGCCCACAGGGGGGUGUUCUCACCUCAGGAGAACUCUCCGAGAUCCCCUCGAAGCCUCAGAACCUCCACUACCGCUCCCCCCACGCGCUCCCAUUCCGACUCUGACGCCACCCUGGAGGAGCAGGGGGCCGCCAUGAGGCUCAAGGGCCCCACAGAAAACCUGUUUCUGGAUGCUCUGUCCCUGGACCCCCUUAGCUGUCUGGAAGUCCCUCCACCCUCCAGGCUGGAAGCAGAAAAGAGGUUCCCCUGCAUGAAGGAGGCCCUGAAUGAGAUUUCAGAGCGAGAAGAAUCUGCUGCCUCCCCAGAGGAGGAGAUGAGAGAAGGAGGGAGUCUGCUCAGGGCCAAGUCUGUGUGCUCCAUGAGCGACUUUCAGCGGCUGAUGGACAGCUCGCCGUUCCUCCCUGACAAGACGCACCAGGGUGAUUACGGCCAAGACGACGCCACUCCUCCUCUUUCUCCAGAUGACCUGAAGUACAUCGAGGAGUUCAACAACAAGGGCUGGGACUUCCCUGUGUCCACUCCGGUGACGCAUCCAAUCCGAGAAGUGUGGACAGAUACGUCUGCAGAGGUCAAAGAAGGGGAACCCAAUCCAUUCCAGCCACCCUCUUGGUUCCUCACCACCACCGCCACCUUGACCACCAGCACCCUGAGCAGUCCCGAGCACUGCCACAAGUCCCCACUCAGGGGCAACGGAACUGGGGCAGCAGAUGUAGGUGUGGAGCACUUUGGGCUUCACAUGCUCCACAGCCCUACUAGACAUGUGGCAGCAGAGCGCGGCACUGCCCAAGACCCCGAUUCUUUAAACGCCAAGGGGAGCAAAGGCAGGGCUGAGGGUGAGGCUGGGGUGGCAGCCGGCACGUCCGAUGAGGUGUUCAGCGGCGUGCGGUGGCCCUGCAUCCUGGAGGGCGGGGGGCUAAGGACUCCUCAAAGUCAGACCCCUGUGUGUCCCACAGUGGGUUUUGCGUCUUCUCUGGAGCUUGAGCUCGCCAAAAAUUUGAGCGAUGACAUGAAGGAGGUGGCCAUCUCCGUCAGGAACGCCAUCCGCUCUCCUCAGGGACCUGCAGUCCGCGACAUCGCCUGCCAGACCAACGGGUUGACCACACGGGGCACACAGACCACCCAGACCAUCAACGUGGGUCUGCAGACGGACCUGCUCCGGAACUUGACCAGCAGUCCCCACCGUUGCCUCACACCGAAAGCAGGAAGCACACCCAUCUCCUCCCCGUCACGUGGCACAAGGAAGGUUCAGUACUCCCCCGUGGUGCAGAGCAAGUUUGAUCGUCCCUGCUGCUCGCCAAAGUACGGCUCGCCCAAGCUUCAGCGGAAACCAUCCAUACCCGGGAAAGCCGAACUCCAAAACAACAGCCGCAUCCCGACCCCCACCACGCCUCAGAAGGGCAACAGUGAGUCAGCAUGGGCGCGCUCCACCACAACCCGGGACAGCCCCGUGCACACCACCAUCAACGACGGCCUCUCCAGCCUCUUCAACAUCAUCGACCACACCCCCGUGUCCUACGACUCCAUGCAGAAGUUCAAUAAGUCUCCGAGUCGCUCCCACCCCACGCCACCCCCCACCACAGAGCUCAGCCCCGCUCACAGGGCCCUCGCUGCCGACUCCAGGAGUGGGCACGAGUGCCAGCGGGCCGCUCGGGGGCGCUCCCCCAGCCCCGUGCAGCUGAUCGUGGAGACGCAGGGUGACAAAAACCCAGAGGUGGUGACCAUCCGGCAGGACCUGUCAGCCCCCCCAGGCUACACCCUGGCUGAAAACGCAGCCCGCAUCCUCAACAAGAAACUGCAGGAGCAGAACUGUAGGGAGGAGAGGCGGCUGCAGGCAGGGCAGAGCAGCCACGGCAGGCAGGCGGACUCUGACAGAGGACAGCCUGGAUGUAUGGAGCAGGACCUCCCUCGCUGUCCGGUGGCUCCACCCCUGGACUCCUGCUUCAUGAGACCGGCCCGCCCCGCCAACCGCCGACCCCCCUCUCGCUGGGCCCCCCGCUCCCCCUCCCCCUCCUCCUCCUCCCUAAAGAGGGGUGAGACCAUGAGAAGGAGGUUCACCUACCCACCACCAGGACGCCGGAAACCCAUCUUGGAGGGUGAGGAGCCGGCCUGAGGACAAGUCCCCCUCCUCUACCUCGGUCUGAAAAGACCCGGGAUCUCAGAAUAAAGGGGUUCAAAAGGAGGGGGGGGGGGGUGGACCCUUCAAGUAGCACCAGCGGAUCAUUGAGGAACCAGAAGAACCUGGAUUGUACUGUAAACUCACUGAUAUCAGAACACAAACGGACAUUUCCACAAGAGGUGCCUCUGCAUUCGAGUUCGUUUUCCCUCGUUUGUUUGUAAACAGAUAUGAGUUUAAUGCAUUUAUGAAAAUCAGCCACAAGUCUGGACUUUCUCCAGGUCAAAAUGGCAACUCAGCUGCAGCAGAUGGACUUUUUCUCUCAUUUGUUGGAAGGCUGCAGCUCAUUUCUCCCUGGUUUGUCUUGCAGUGGUUCAGUCCGGCUCUUUUGUAAGGAGCUUGUUCUUUGUUUAGGAUUCAGUGUUUAAAGAUUUUGUUUUAGGCUGAAGAAGAGGAACAGCCACACACAUACAUACACACACACACACACACACACACACACACACACAAGCAAAUAAUGAAAAAGCAGUUCUGCUUGGUCAGAAUCACAUGAUGUCAUUAAUGAGAUCUAUUUCUAUGUUGGGAUGAAUGUUGGGCUCGGUCUGCGUGUAGACGUCGGCUGACGACAACCUAAAGAACCUCAUGCAUAUUUUCCAGGCAGGGGUUGGAAUAUCAGAAACGUGUUUGCAUGCCUUUUCUGCAGUAGCACUUUAGUGCAUGUACAGACGAGCUCUAGUCUUUUGUAGCCACUUAUCGUGGCUGUGAGGGAAAAGUCCUCCUAAGGGAACUCUGUUUACCUGUUUCUUUGUUGUCAAAUUAUUUGCAUCUACAAAAAUGAGAACCGUUUUGAGUACUUAUCGUCCUUUCAAGGCUGUCUUUGUUACCGUUGAUGAAAAACUUUUUUUGGGGCAAGAAAAUUGUGGAAUUCAAACUAUGAAUGUUUAAAAAAAAAAGUCUAUGUCAGAAAUGUCUAUCAAUCUAUAGUCUCCUGUAAAUAGUAAAUGGUAAUAAAAGCAAAUGUGUGUUUCCAUGA